AUCACGGGGAACUCCUGCAAAACUAGACACUUUUACACAGCGUGGCAGGGCAGCGGCAAGCAGAUCGCGAGCUAAAGACAAUGGCAGCAGCGGGGAGCGUCCAGGGCCACGGCGCGCGGUUCGCGGCGGCGUGCGGCGUGCUCAGCCGGUACGUAAAAGCAGCAGCGGUGGCGACUACGACGACGGUGGAGCUGCGGCCGGCGGGCACGGUAGGGGUACUCCCUCUGAUGCCUGGUGCGGACCUGUCCACGCAAGAGGAGCGCGAGGCGGGGGCGGGGCCGGGGCCGUCGCCGUCGCCGAGCGCGCAGCUGACCAUCUCGUACGGCGGGCGGGUGGUGGUGCUGGACGACGUCCCGGCGGACAAGGCCGCCGAGGUGGUCCGGCUCGCGGCCGCGCAAGGCGCACCGCGGGCGCUGCGAGCGCCGCCGACCAAGGCGGAUGAUCUGCCCAUGGCGAGGAAGGUGUCGCUGCAGCAGUUCAUGGAGAGGCGCAAGGGCCGGGUCGCCACGCGCGGUUCGCCCUACCGCCGUCCGGCGUCGUUGCCGGACCAUCUCACGCUCACGCUCUGAUACAGCUUGUUACUACUAUUACUAGCUAGGUGUGUGUAGCUGUAGCAGCAUAAGAACAGACGAUUGUACAUGGAAAAAAAAGAAAACAGAAAUAACUCUCCGAUCGAGUUCAC